GCAUGUGUCUGCGGGCUUUUUGGUUUUGUUCUCCUUAGGAGAAUUCUUUCCUCCCUUGAAAUGUGAUGAAAUGGAUUAAUGCUACUGCUAAUAUUUCGGGUUAAAAAUGACAGGAGAGCCUGGUUCAGGUGCAACGCUGGACAUCAGCUCCGAAGACAUUCAAAUAACCUGCUUUAUAACUGCUUAAAGCCCUGAAAAAAAAAAAGAGUGCCCAGUAGCCAGAUGGUUGGAAAAGAACACCCCACGAUCAAUGAGGCAAUAUGUAAAUAUUUUCAAUCAUUACCACAGUACUGCUGUGUUGACAUUGAAAUUCAAAGUGCUAUUCCUUGGGACUCCUCAUUGAUCAGCAGAUGAGCUCUGAUAAAAAGGAGGAUAAAAGCACAAUACCGAGAAUUAUUAUGGAUUGUGGCUUUCGUUGACAAGGACAGGCUUCCAUCAAGGCCUACAGAAUGGAUUUUGAACCCUCUCUAAGCGUGUUACUGAGACACAGUGUUUCUUCCCUGGCUGUCAAGUAUGGAUUAAAUGGUGUAUUAUUGCUUGAGCCGUUUUAUUUAAGGUGAAAUGCUGCAUAGUUGACUAAUUUCUUUGUUAAUUGCCACCUUUAUAUGGGAAAGGGCAAGGUGGAAGCUGAUGCAGAGUUCUCUGCUUGAAAUACAUGCAGUAGAAAUGACUGGAAAGUAACAUAAAGCACGGGGCUGGAUCCAAAUAUUUGGUGUGGGGAUGAAGUCCUCCUAAAGCAGGCUGUAGAGACCCUGUCUGGCCGAUUCACUUAGAAAUCUUUAUGUGGUGGUAGCGUUCUCAUGCAUAACACAUCAGGUGUAUUCAGCAUCCGCAGGUGCUGAGCCCACCACGAGGCUUUUUUCCCUUCCUCCACUUCUGUGCUUUCACUCGUGGAAAAAAUCACCUGGGUUAUGCUGCUCGCAGGGGGAAGUUGGGAGCCUGGCUGUAAAUAAAUGCUUGUAAAAGCAGCUUUUAAGCUCUGAAUCCGUGAGGGCCCACCUCAGGGCAAUGCCAUGCCCGCGCGGUGCAGGUGCUGCUGUUUGAGGUUCCUGGGAUCCUGCCGUGGAGGCAGAAGGUCGGCGCCUGUCUGGGGAGGUGAGGUGUCCUGGGGGGUGUGGGGAGCAGGUUUUGGUGUGUGGUGAUACACCUGAACCCUUCCCACCUUACUGGGUGACGGAGAGUGGAGCUGCGUACGUAUAUUUGAUGCAUUUUCUUGGAGGAGGGUGGGGGUUUUGCAGGUGAAAAGCUUUUCUACAGCUAUAGGGACAUCCAGAGCGUGUCUGGAAACCUUUUCACUGUUUGCUUUCUCUCCCUCCCCUUGGGGCUGGCUGCUGGCAGCGAGGCCAGGACCCGGUGCUCCUUGGGGAAAUGCCACCUCGGGGAGCUUUGGAGGGGCCAGGUGCUACAGGCAUCAGGUGGGAAGAGUUAUCUGGGUGCCUUUCUGAGCUGCUCAUAUUUUCUAGUUAACCGCUGUGUUUGUCUUGCUUGUUCAUUAAUUUCCUCUGUUUCCUGGCACAUCCUGGAGCCUUUUCAUGUGAUUACAGAGUUAUUUAGGAUUUUGAUAUUAUUUCUCCCUGCUUUGUUGCUUUUUAGUUGCUCGUUUAUAUCCCCUUAUUGUUUUAGGGUGACUAACUGAUGUGAGAAUGGAAAACACCUUCACUGAGGAUGAAGGACUCCUCUGACUCCCCAUCGUCUGAAACUGGUGCUUGCGAGCCGUGGGCAGGCAGGGUUUGAGCACAGCCGACACUUUUUAGGGCUAAGUAUUCAGUAAUGCAGAUGGUACAAAGGCAGUAGGCUGAGCUCAAGCAGCUGUAGUGUUUGCUAGGAGCAGUUUUGAGCCUGGGUGUUUCCUAGGGCAAGAGCUGCUGCACGUGUGGAUGUGGCUGGAUUUAUGCAGGUCUCUGCUCUUGGGCACGAGGCCAGCGUGUGCUGCUCUGGGGUUGCCACCGAGUGUUUGUCCAGGCAUGGCAGGGUGGGGGCUCUGCCCGGCCCACCAGUAUGAAGUGUUUUACUGGUGGCACUGACUGCGCCUCUUAGGAGGACAGGUAACUGGUGUGCAACACUUCGGUUAAGCAGACAAGCCUUCAGAAGCCAGGAGAAAGCAUCUUGCAAUUAAUCGUCCUCCUUGGAAAGGCAAAUGCCAGUUCUACCAGUGUAGUGCAGUGUUUUUGAUGUUUCAGCUAAAAAUGAGCUGCUUGCCACCUGCUGGGUGGCACCUCAUCCUCCUCGCACAGUGUGUUUUCAUGUGAAUCUGUCCGCCGACAGCUGCGUCUUUCAUUUCCUUCAUGUGAUGUGCAUGGGGCUGCUCCAAGGCCAGAUGUGAUCGCUGUGGGUUCAGGUCCGAGCCACCCCAGCUCCCCAGGACUUCCUUGGAGAGAAGCUUGCCUGAAGGGAGGAAGCCUGUAAUGAUCCUCUUUUGCUGAUGACCCGGAAUAACAAUGCUUUUCUAGCUUUUUUGGGAACUCUUGCGUUAACUUGCACUUCUAAAUGGUUUUGUUCGGUUGCUUUGGACAACUGUGCCCCUUGUUUAACAGGGACCCGAGGUCCCCUGGGUUUCAGAAGUGCAGUUGUGGAGCAGAAGCAGUUUGAACUUGUAUUUGAUUACCACGUACCACUACGUGUUUGAAAUGUGGGUGGGGUUAACUACUACUAAUCUAUAAGAGCCUUACUACUUAAAAUUAAGAUUUAAGCAUAACAUUUAAGUUUAAAUUUUGAGUUGGUAAGCUGUUCUCAUGCCUAAAAAUAAAAGUAAGAAUAGCAUCAGUGAGGCCUCUGCAAGCUGCACUGGGUUUAAAAAGUGCUGACUUGGGCAUGCAAUCAAGGUGAAUCCUGUGUGAUUAUUCCAGAAAAAGGUGUAUAUAUGUGUCAUAAUGUCCUAGGCUCUGUUCAUUAUCUGUUACUUUCAGUGUUUACUGUAGAGAAAAUGCUGGUGUUUACAUUUUUCCAAAGGGUGUAGUUUCGGUUUCUGUUGCUCAGAAAUGCUUUGGUUUUAAUCACUUUUGAUUUCGGUACAGUUAGCAAGUGCAUAGAGAGCUCUUUCUGUUUGGAGUAAUCAUUUCAGACUCGCUGUCACUGAAAGUAAGAAAGUUUGUCAUCCUUCCCCAACCUCCAAAAAAGGGAAGAAACCCAACCCCGAAACAAGAAAGGCUGAAGCAGGAUGUUGACACAUGUGGACCAACAGUGACAUCCUUUUCCAGCACUGCUGUCUUUGCUCCCUCCUGCAUUCAGAAGCAUCUAGAGAGAUUUUUUGCAGAAGGGAUCCUCAAUGCGUUUGCUUGCCAUUAUUUAAGGAGCCUUUACUAAAAGCUUCUGGAUUGUGUUUCUAAGAGGACAAAAGAUUUUGUAUUCAAAAUGCUUAUAAAGGAGUAUCGUAUUCCUCUUCCAAUGAGCGUGGAAGAAUAUCGAAUCGCGCAGCUGUACAUGAUACAGAAAAAGAGCAGAGAGGAGACAUGUGGGGAAGGCAGUGGAGUAGAGAUCCUGGAAAACAGGCCGUACAUGGAUGGACCAGGAGGCAACGGGCAGUAUACUCACAAAGUGUACCACAUUGGUAUGCACAUACCCAGCUGGUUUCGGUCAAUAUUGCCCAAGGCAGCUCUGCGAGUUGAAGAGGAAUCGUGGAAUGCAUAUCCUUAUACCAGGACAAGGUAUACGUGCCCUUUUGUGGAGAAGUUCUCUAUUGAUAUUGAGACAUACUACAAAACUGAUCCAGGAGAGCACGUCAACGUUUUCAACCUUUCUCCUGCAGAGAAAAGACAAACCAUUCUAGAUCCUAUUGAUAUUGUUAAAGAUCCUAUCCCUCCACAUGAAUACAAAGCUGAGGAGGAUCCAAAGCUGUAUAAAUCAGUAAAGACUAAAAGAGGCCCUCUCUCAGAAGAUUGGAUUCAAGAGUACAAGAACAACCCUGGGAAAUACCCAAUCAUGUGUGCAUAUAAACUUUGUAAAGUCGAGUUCAGAUACUGGGGGAUGCAGUCGAAAAUUGAGCGGUUUAUCCAUGAUGUUGGCUUGCGGAAGGUCAUGGUCCGUGCACAUCGGCAGGCAUGGUGCUGGCAGGACGAGUGGUACGGGCUCACCAUUGAGGAUAUCCGGCAGCUGGAGAAAGAGGCACAGCUGAUGCUGGCUCAGAAGAUGGCCCAGUUCUGCAGCGAAAAUGAUACUGAGCAGCAUGGAGUGAAGGACACUCCUGGUGAGAAGGAUAUUGAGGCCGACACGGUUUCACCUGUGGACACAGAAGAUGCUGCUAGUAACAGUGAAACAGCCUCUGGGAGAUCACUCACCAAGCAGUGGUCCACCUCUUCCAAGUCCUCACGGUCUUCAAAGAGAGGAGCAAGUCCCUCACGCCAUAGUAUCUCUGAGUGGAGGAUGCAGAGCAUUGCCAGGGAUUCGGAUGACAGCUCAGAUGAUGAAUACUUUGAUGCACAUGAGGACUUGUCUGACAAUGAGGAAAUGUUCCCGAAAGAAAUAACCAAAUGGAGUUCCAAUGAUCUGAUGGAUAAAAUCGAAACCCCAGAAUGCGAUGAUGUCCAGGGUGACUUGUAUCAUGAGACAUCAGCAGAGUACCACGUUGGCUCCAGCGUAGAGAGGCUCAGCAUCAUUGAAGACGAGUCAGUGCAGCCGUUAAUGCAGCCAAGUAAAAUCCAUGUCCUCCUUUUGGUACUCCACGGGGGAAACAUCCUGGACUCGGGAAGUGGUGAUCAGAGCUCUAAGCAAGGGGAUGUCAACACCAUCACGACCGUGUUUGACACAGUGAUGAGGGUACAUUACCCAGCUGCUCUUGGACACAUUGCCAUCAGGCUAGUCCCUUGCCCAGCCAUCUGCUCCGAAGCCUUUUCGCUGGUGUCCAGCCUCAGCCCAUAUAGCUAUGAUGAAGGCUGCCUAUCCAACAGCCAGGACCACAUUCCCCUUGCUGCACUCCCUCUGCUAGCGACAUCAUCCCCGCAGUACCAAGAAGCAGUAGCCACAGUCAUCGUCAGAGCCAACCAGGCCUACAGCGAGUUCAUCAGAUCCCAGGAGGGCAUGUCAUUCAAUGGCCAGGUCUGUUUGGUAGGAGAUUGUGUUGGAGGAAUUCUGGGAUUUGAUGCCUUAUGCUACAGCAAUCAGACAGUGUCCGAGAGCCAGAACAGCAGUCGGCGAGGGAGUGUUGUGAGUGUCCAGGAUACCGACCUCCUGUCUCCUGGAAUAACAGUGAACAACACCUAUUGCUCCAGUGGCUCUAAUCUGGAAGCCAGCAGACACCUCAGCAGGAGCAACAUCGAUAUUCCCCGUAGCAAUGGAGAAGAUCCAAAGAAGCAGCUGCCACGAAAAAGGAGUGAUUCAUCCACCUACGAACUGGACACAAUCAAGCAGCAUCAAGCCUUUCUUUCAAGUUUACAUUCUAGUGUUCUCAGAAAUGACCCGGGAUCCAGGCGAUCUAGUAGCUCCACUAUGCUGGACGGAGGAAAUAUUGGAAAGUUUGAGUUUGAGAUCACGGACUUCUUCCUCUUUGGUUCUCCCCUGGGUCUGGUUCUUGCACUACGAAAAACUGUCAUUCCAGCUCUUGACAUCUUUCAGCUCAGACCAGCUUGCCAGCAGGUCUAUAACCUGUUCCACCCUGCAGACCCAUCUGCUUCACGCCUCGAGCCUCUUCUGGAGAGAAAGUUUUACCUUUUGCCCCCAUUUAAUAUUCCCCGUUACCAGAGGUUCCCACUGGGUGAUGGCAAUUCUGCUGUUCUGGUUGAGACAAUCCAGAACAAUCCCAUCCUCCUCAUGGAAAGCAGCCCUCUGGGUGCUCUCCAGCACCAGGACAGCUUCAUGGAAACAAGUAUCCCCGUUCCCGUACUGAAUUGGCAAGAUGUUUCCAAUAAAAGUGCCGGUUUUGCUGAGUCAGAUGUUGUUCAGUCUCAUGGUGCCGUCUUCAUGGAAAGCGCGUCCCUGUCCACCCCCAUUUCAGCCCCUCAGUUCAGGGGCUUCCGGAGAGCCAGUGAGAUCAGCAUUGCCAGCCAGGUCUCAGGAAUGGCAGACAGUUACACUGCUUCCAACAUAGCCAACAAAACCAAACACCACCUUAACCAUUGUAGAGGGUUUAGCCUUCUGUCCCAACUUGCACUCCCUCACAAAUCCCCCACCCAAACUUCAUCCAAGAGACCCAGGCAGCAUAAACAUGAGGAAGUCCCUUCAAAGGGAAGAAAACUCAAAGGGCCGUCAAGUCAGGAUGCAGACUUUGCUCUUCGGAUACCCAACCUGGACAUCAAGAAAGUUGCUGCCAAAUGGUGGGGAACCAAAAGGAUCGACUAUGCUCUCUACUGUCCUGACGCCCUGACGGCUUUCCCCACGGUUGCCUUACCUCACCUCUUCCACGCGAGCUACUGGGAGUCCACAGACGUUGUCUCCUUCCUGCUGAGACAGGUGAUGAGGCACGAGAACUCGAGCGUGUUGGAGCUGGAUGGGAAGGAGGUGUCCGUCUUCACCCCCUCCAAGCCCCGCGAGAAGUGGCUCCGCAAGAGGACACACGUGAAGCUGCGGAAUGUCACAGCCAACCACAGGAUAAACGACACCAUUGCUAAUGAAGAUGGGCCCCAGACCUUAACUGGAAGGUUUAUGUACGGUCCAUUAGAUAUGGUCACACUCACGGGAGAAAAGGUGGACAUCCACAUCAUGACCCAGCCGCCGUCAGGAGAGUGGGUUUACUUUGACACUGAGAUCAGCAACAGCAGUGGCAGAAUUUCCUACGUCAUCCCUGAGAAUCGGCGCCUGGGCAUUGGCGUGUACCCUGUCAAGAUGGUGGUCAGGGGUGACCACACUUAUGCCGACAGCUACAUCACAGUUCUGCCGAAGGGGACGGAGUUUGUGGUGUUCAGCAUCGACGGCUCCUUUGCAGCCAGUGUCUCCAUCAUGGGCAGCGACCCCAAAGUCCGCGCUGGAGCGGUCGACGUUGUACGGCACUGGCAAGACCUUGGCUACCUCAUUAUCUACGUCACAGGCCGCCCCGACAUGCAGAAGCAGAGGGUGGUAGCGUGGUUAGCACAGCACAACUUCCCCCAUGGAAUCGUCUCGUUCUGCGAUGGGCUCGUUCACGACCCGCUGCGGCACAAGGCCAACUUCCUGAAAUCCCUCAUCACAGACCUCCACAUGAGGAUCCAUGCAGCAUACGGCUCCACGAAGGACAUCUCCGUGUACAGCUCCAUCAGCCUCCCGCCCACCCACAUCUACAUCGUUGGCCGACCCACCAAGAAGCUGCAGAGCCAGUGUCAGUUCAUCACGGAGGGGUACGCGGCCCACCUGGCCCAGCUGGAGUACAACCACCGCUCGCGCCCUGCCAAGAACACCACGCGCAUGGCGCUGCGGAAGGGCAGCUUCGGGCUGCCCAGCCAGACGGAGUUCCUGCGCAAGAGGAACCACCUGCUGCGCACCAUCUCCUCCCAGCCUUCAGCUGCCGGUGGCGGCAGCGCCGGUCACCGCCCCGAGCGCACCCAGAGCCAGUCCGACAGCGACAAGGAGAGGGACAGGGAACGCAGCCAAAGAAGCAUGAGCAUCGCCACGGGGUGCUGGGGCCGGAGCACAGCAUCCCGCCUGGAGUCUGGCCUCUUGGGGCAGAAGUAGCCAAGCCAGAGCCAGCGACUGUCGGCUGUAGCCACCGGAGGGGAAAACAAAAGGAAAGAGGGACGAGGCCGGCGUUACGGGCUGGAAGGGUAAAUAUGGUGCUACUCUAAUAACAUCGUGGUGUUCUGGGAAGAGAUGGGAUGUUUCCCACACGGAACGUUCAGGCCUUGCAAGCGGGAGCGUCAGGUUUGUGCAGCAUGAGCCCAAGGAACAGCUGGAAAUCGGGGGGGGAAAAGUCUCCAGGUCAAGAUCGCGCUCUCUCCUGCCUCCUUCUCUUAUCCAGGUUUAGUGACUGUAAAUAUGUGCCUCCUCGCCUUGUUAGCCAUCGCUCCGAUACGCGUGACCGAGUGCUGUCCUCAGAGCCACAGGAACGGGGAUGAGGCUGGGGGAACUUGCUCUUGGUUGUCCCAGGAGUCAGACCGAGGUGCUCUGCCAGUGCUGGCACGGGGUGGGUUUGGGGUUCAGUGAGCGCGCUGCUUCCCCGGCACAGACAGCCCCAAGCGAGGGAUUUACCAUGGGCUGCACCAGGCAGAGCAACUGAGAGCUUUACCUGUACGAGGAGCUUCAAGUUCAGCCACUUUCGCAAGGAGUACGCGCAGUGGCAAAGCAGAAAGAUGCUGUUGGUAGGGGCAGAAUGUCGGCAGAUUCACGCCCAAGCAAGUGGGGUCGUUAUUACUGUUAUUUUUUAAAGAGACAUUUUAGAAGCUGAUGGAAUUUAACGUGUUGACCUGUUAAAAGAAGAAUACAAGCAACUCUGAGCUGUACAAGCCUCAGACACUUAAUUUGCUGUUAAAGUCUCCAAAUAUUGCUCUAUAUUAUUUCCAAAACUAACUACCAUAUAUUUGCAAGCAGUUCUUCUCAUCCAAAUGCAGGGUCUGACUCUCAACACCCACCUCUGAGACAUUUUCUUCUUCCCAGGUUCUCUCCAAGUUCAGUAGCAGCUUCAAUGGGAACUAGACUCGCUUCUUUUACCGAUAGUUACUGAACUGUAAAACCUCAUUGUUUUUUGCACUGAUGAUUUUUAGAAUGGAAACCUGUUACCAUCUCAUGUAGCUACAUCUAACUGUUUGUAGUGCAUGACAAAGAAAUAUUGCUAAGCCAGGGUGUGUGUGUGUGUGUGUGUAUAUAUCCAACCACGUGCAUAUACAUAUGCCCACACACACACGUAUAUAUAUGUAUAUGUAUAUAUUUAAAAAAAAAAACAAAACUCUGUGCAGAAGUUUUUCCAGCAGUAAGGAGACUGUAAGGAAGUGUGCCAACAGAGUCAGGCGAGCUUAAGAAAAGGCCAUAUCUUAAUUUUCCUGGUGUGUUUCUCAGCGGCUGUGCCUGAGCCGAUGGUUUGUGUGCUGCCGGAGUGAGCCGGGGCUGGGUGCGAGGUGACGGAGCUGCCCGGUGCGUGGGGGAAACCGUCGCUGCUGUCCGGCACCCCCACUGGUAACACCGAGACGCGCACGGUGAGCGGUGUGUCGUGCUGCAGAGGAGAACAGUGCCUAGAACGGGGGCUUCCAGAAAGCCCCGUAGCCCUGUCCCCCCCAGGUCAGCCUGGCCGGGACUUCUGGCCGCGGCAAGGGGCCUGGUUCCCUCCUUGCACACACCUCCCGGGCCAGAGGGGCACCCCCCCGGGGGGCUCGGGGUGCCCAUUUACAGCCUCCAGUUGGCCUCUUCACGUGGAGAUUUUAUAGUCCUACCGAGCUCCUCGACUGUGUGUAACCCUGCUUCCCCCACCACACUUACCUGUAUUUAUAUCACUUUCUACUUACAAGGAUCUUAUUUAUAACAAAAUUUUUUAGACUGGCUGCUUCAUUUUAUUAACUGUUUCAAUAUGAAGUGCAGGACGGCCGCACUGAGACACACAGCACUGUGAACACUGCUCUGCUACUUGGCUCCGGGCCACAGUAGGCAAACCUAAACUCAUCAGGCAUCCAAGGCAGACCUCGUGUUCGGGGCGUCGAUGCGGACGCAGUGCGCCCGCUGCCUGCGCCGCCAGCGGAGGGACAGUGCUGAGCUGCCUGCGGGGCGCUCAAACCCAGCUGCCCGCCCGCACAGUGCAUCUCCCACGUCCUUGCAGCCUGACUGCAAACUGCUUAACCACUUCUCUUUGAUAAUUAUUCAAUUGCAGAAUGUAUCCGAUGAGUUUUAUUACCGAAAACUGACUUCCCUUUCUGUGGGCCCAGCUAAGCUCUCUCUGAAUGUACAGCCGGAGCUUACUGGGUUUCCAAACAAUGUGAAUCGUCCCACAGCUUUUUGCUAGUCGAAUGUUCUAUCAAACAGUUGCCAUCCGAGUAGGAAGCCAAGCCACAAUCCGUCCUGUGAAGUCACCAAACCACAUCACAAAACAAUUUCUGCAAAUUUGGAUAUGGCCUUUGCAAAAUUCGACUUUUCCUCAAAGCCCACAACCAAGGCAUGGUCUGUACAUUUUCCAAUGCUGAUGAGAUGUUCACAUUUUCUUAUGUGUAGAUAGUGUAAAACAGAGGCGAAUGUAAAUGUUCAACAUAAAAAGUGGAUAUAUAAAAAUGGAAAGUUAUUUAUUUAUGUAGAGGAAGAAAUGUCUGGAGGAACUGGAACCUUCAGGGUUUAUUAAUAUUUAAAAAUGUAGCUUUUUGUUUCAGGCAUUAUGUACAAAGCAAUUACUUCAUGGACCAAGUUAAUGUAACUGUCAAUGAAUGCAGAAGUGCAAUAUUAUACUCACCUCUCCAUCACUUCAUGUUUUAAACAGCUACUAACCAGUUAGACUGACAAUCAUAGCACCUCCGUCCUCAUCCGUUAUUGAGCUUCUUGAAACUUCCCCGGGUCCUUUCCCCGGCCCCCCAUCUGUUGCCAUUGUACAAAUCCAACAUGGAGAAGCAAUUGUAGAGCAGGACCUUUAUUGCUGCAAUAAUACCAGAUGACGUGGGUGUAGUUACCAGGAAAUAGGCCAAUAAGUUUUCUCCACCGAUUCAGUCCAUCACAGUCUGCAUCAGUCUAUCUUCAGACACCCCCAUCUGGCACUCAUCUCUCUGAAGCAAAGAUCAACGUGCUACUCACUCAAAGAACAAUAGCAAUAGUUGAAUUCUGUGUCUGUAACCUGUUUGUUCUGAGCUGUUUCGGAGAGCGAUGCAUGUGACCCGAUGUCUUUCCACGUGUACGGAUGAGGAUCCACUUGGAUGCGGUGAGGGAAAGAUGAAUGUAUGAUCCCAUCCUUACUAAAGGGGCACUGUCAGGUUCAAGACCUAACUUAUCUUUGUUACAAAGAACGCGUUUGCUUUGAAAUGAAAGCUUAUUAAAAGUUUCCCGUACUCCUCCCUGUCGCUGUUGUCUGGGCAGCCACCAGCACGACCGCUGACAGUCGCGCUGCUUCUGCUGCAGCCCACGUCCUGUACUCGCACAUUAGCACAAUACAGCACGCACUGCACAGGCUGCCUCAGGCUUUUCCUUUUUUUUUUUUUUCUUCCUUUUUUUUUAAUUGUUUCCAUGGGAAUCAAACUCUGCUGUGGAGCUCAGAUUUUUAUAAAAAGCAGCUUUUUGUAUUACGGAACUAUUGGGCCAGACUUUCUACCUGACGCUGUCCCUUUCAAGUCUUUUAAAAAAAAAAAAAAAAGGACCCCAUGCAUUCACGCCGAGUUGUUUCCCUGGGUGGCCAGCUCACUCCAUCAGAUGAGGCGAAAUUCUGAUACCAAAAACGUUUACAGUGUCCGAUACGCGAGCCGAGAGCAGUAACUAGCCAAAGGGUUACUAACAAACGCCCGCUCCGCCCAGCAGCCGCCGUGCUUGCUGUAGCAGCCCCUUCUUCAGGUAUUGCCACCGUUUGCUGCAUUUCCUAUUAGUUCUAGAAGCCUUACGGUCCCUUCCCUGUCCUGAGCACCCUCUGCCUGUCGAUACCCUCGACUGUCAAUUUUAUAUUCGACGAUGUUAAUUAUAUUUUAUUUAUAAAAAAUUGCUUCGGGGGGGGGGGGGGGUGGGUAACAGACGCGCGUGUGGGGACCCACCGGAGGGCAAUGCCCGAGGGCGCCGGCCGCCCGCCCGCCCGCGGCCCGGGCCGAGCAGCAGCCCGAGCCGGCGCUCCCGGGCCGCGCUGGGUACGCCCCUCUGUGCGCAGCACCGUGCAGGUGACGUGCUUGUGUGUGACAAACCUUCUGUACGACUUCCUUCUCCUCCUUGCU